AUGGGGACCGCUUGGUUCGCGGUUUUUGGCGCUUUAGUCAUCGUUUUUCAGGUCUCAUCACUAGAAAUAGCUGAGAGGUCGACAUGUGUGCCUGGAUUUGAGUCAGAGCUGUUGAUUUUCAGAGUGACCAGGGAACACCUGAGGCCAGGCAUGAGACUGGGCAGAGUGGGCUUCACUGACUGCACUAACCGCACAAUAUUUCUUUUCGGCACUGAUGACAAUCGCUUUGGUGUAAAGGCAGAUGGUGUAUUAAUGGUAAACAGAGAAGUUGUUCUUUAUAAUGGACACCAGAAUUUCUUCAUCCACUCAUGGGACUCUCAAGGUCAGAAAAUAACAGUUCCAGUCAGGGUAGUUCAUUAUGAGCAUCACCAUGGACACCAUCAUGGUCAUCAAUGUGGAAAGCACCACAAUGGAGACCACAUAGAAUACAGUCAUCAGCAUCACAGUACUGAAGUGAAGUCUGCUGACCACACAGAGAAUGCCACUGAUCCACAAGCGCAUGUUCUUCAAUUCCCCAAGUCUGUUGGAGGACUGAGGAGGAGGAAGAGAGACUGGGUUAUUCCUCCUCUCAAUGUUCCUGAGAAUCAGAGAGGAACUUAUCCCCUAAAAGUAGCUCAGAUCCGCUCUAAUGAAGAUAAAGCAAGGAAGCUCUUUUACAGCAUCACUGGUCCAGGAGCUGAUCUGCCUCCUGUUGGUCGUUUCAAAAUGGACAGACAGACUGGAAAUCUGUAUGUAACACAACCACUCGACAGAGAGGAAACAGCUGAAUAUAUAUUUGAAGCACAUGCUGUGGUAGAAGGAGUAGGACAAGCUGAGGCUCCUAUGGAGAUUAUAGUACGUGUGAUUGACCAGAACGACAACAAACCUUAUUUUACGGUGGAGUACAAAGCAAAUGUUGCUGAGGCCACGGCCAUCGGGACUGAGGUGGUUAGGGUUGAGGCCAAAGAUGACGAUGAGCCAGAUAAUCUCAACUCAGAGCUCCGCUAUCGUAUUCUGAACCAGGACCCACCGCUGCCCACUGACAACAUGUUUGAAAUCAACCCAGUUACUGGAAGCAUCAGAGUCACUGGUGAAGGACUAGACAGAGAGAAAUAUCCACAGUACACUCUGACAGUACAAGCAGCAGAUAUGGCGGGAGAAGGGUUAUCCGGACAAACAAAAGUCAUCCUCACGGUGACGGACAGCAAUGACAACGCUCCAGUCUUCACUCAGAAAUCUUAUAGUGCGACAGUUGAUGAAAACAAAAAGGAUGUUGAGGUGGUAAAGAUGAUAGUAACAGACGAAGAUGAACCACAAACUCCAGCCUGGAACGCCAUCUUCAAGAUCGUUAGUGGUGAUCCUGAUGGACUUUUCACAGUAAAAACAGGAACUAACAAACACGAAGGAAUCCUUUCUACUGCAAAGGAGCUGGACUUUGAGACGGCCAGCAAGCACACUCUGUUGGUUUCAGUGGAGAAUGAGAUUCCUUUUGCUCCCGGUGUUUCUGUGGUCACUUCUACUGCCACAGUGGUGGUGGAUGUAAAGGAUGUAAAUGAAGCUCCAGUCUUUGAUCCAAAGGAGAAGCUUGUGGUAAAACCAGAGGACCUUGCUGUGGAUGAAGUUGUGGUGCAGUACACCGCUUCAGACCCAGACACUGCACGCAAGCAGAAAGUUGCGUACAAAAUGAUUAAUGACCCUGCAGGCUGGCUGAAUGUGGACAAGGACACAGGCCUUAUUAAAGUGAGAAGACUCAUGGACAGAGAAGCUCCUUUUGUCACAAACAAUAGAUACAUCGCAAACAUUGGUGCAUAUGAUGAUGAUGCAGUCCCAGCUACAGGAACUGGUACUCUGAUCAUUCUGCUGGAAGAUGUCAAUGACAAUGCUCCAUUUAUUGAAGAGCGUGAAAUCACGGUGUGCAACAAGGAUCCAGCUCCUCAGCUGCUGUCAGUAACAGAUAAAGAUGGACCAGAAUUUGGACCUCCGUACUCGGUGUCUUUACAGGGCAUGUCAAAGACCAACUGGACAGCUAAGAUGAACGGCUCAAGAACAGGGGUCAUCUUAAAUUUAGGCACUGAGCUGCCCAGUGGAGAUUACAGUGUUAUACUAAGAGUGGCAGACAAGCAUGGCCUGGAGCAGGACAGCAUCAUCAAAGCUGAAGUUUGCCACUGCAAGGGCAAGGGAGCAAAGGCGACAUGCACAGACCGUGCUAUAGGUGGCAGCAACCUGCCCCUUAUCCUCGGAAUACUUGGAGCCAUCCUGCUGCUUGCGCUGGUGCUGCUAAUGCUGCUGUUUGCAAAACAGAGGAAAAAGGACAAAAAGAAGCCACUACUGCUAGAUGAUAGUGUCAGGGACAACAUCUAUUACUAUGAUGAAGAAGGAGGUGGAGAGGAUGAUCAGGACUAUGACUUGAGUGUUCUCCACCGUGGUCUGGACAACCGGCCUGAGGUGUUAAGAAGUAACGUGGUGCCAAACUUAAUGUCUGCUCCUCAGUACCGGCCUCGGCCCACCAACCCAGAAGACAUGAACAACUUCAUUGAAGAUAACCUGAAGGCUGCAGACAAUGACCCAACAGCACCCCCUUAUGACUCCCAGAUGGUAUUUGACCACGAGGGAGGUGGUUCUGAUGCAGGAAGUCUCUCCUCUUUGAACUCUUCAGGUAGUGGAGACCAGAACUAUGACUGCCUCAGUGAGUGGGGCCCUCGCUUCAAGAAACUGGCCAACAUGUACGGAGGAGGAGAAGAUGAUGAUAUGCUGUAA